CGCCUUUUUUUUUUUUUUUUUUUACGAGCCGCCUUCGCUCUUGCUCGUGUCUGCUUGUUUGACGUCGCCUCGACACACUCACUCACUAGUGCGUCGUUGGUCUUGUUGUAGGAUGUGCUCUGCCGCACGCCGUUCGAGCUCUUCCAGUCGCUGGACCUGCCUCGAAGCGCGUUUGACGCAAUGAUUGCGGCUGUUUCGCACGCAACCGCGCCAGUGCCCCGACGCGUGAGCGACAUGCUCAUUUCUCGCAAGACAGAAUCAACGUUCCUGCCAACGUCUCUUGCGCAGCUCGAUGCAGCAUUGCGAGGAGGGUUUGCGUUUUCUACCAUCACAGAGCUUGUCGGUCCAUCAGGUUGCGGCAAAACGCAAUUUUGCAUGAUGCUGGCAGUGCAAGCGUCGCUUCCACUCGAACAUGGUGGCUUGGGAGGCGGUGUCGUCUACAUUGACACAGAGUCCGCGUUCAGUGCCACCAGGCUUGUUGAGAUGGCCGUCGCCAGAUAUCCGCAUGUCUAUGACAAUGCUGAAGCAGUCGACAAGCUUGCGAAUCGCAUUUUGAUCUGUUCGGAAGCAACCUGCGAGAGCUUGAUGGCCAGACUGGACACGUUGGAUCAAGCAAUCGUUGAGCGGGGCGCAAAGCUGGUCAUCCUCGACUCUGUGGCUUCGCUCGUGCGCAAGGAAUAUGAUUCCAAGAGCAUGGUCCAGCGUACAGCGUAUCUUUCGAAUGUAGCAUCCGUCCUAAAAUACUUGGCAGAGUCCUUUUCAAUACCGAUCGUGGUCACAAAUCAAGUCACUACUAGCGUCAGCAUGCGUGCAUCGUUCGAUGGCAACAAUUAUGGCGGAGCAUCGAGCGCCCAACGAGAAACAGACGGUGUCGAGAACGUGGAAGCGCAGGUCACGGCGGCUCUCGGCAACACUUGGUCGCACUGUGUCAACACGCGCCUGGUGGUCGAGUAUGUGACGGACGAAUUGCGCACGGUUAAAAUCGCCAAGUCGCCCAUCGCUCCGUGUGCGUCCUUUUCGUACGUGAUUGAGCCCGAAGGCUUGGUUAUUGUGAGCGAUGUCGCGCUGUUCAUGCAGCGCUACCACCUCGAAAACGAGCUCGACGAUGAUUUUAACGAGCCAAGUUCUGAUGCCAUGCCCGCCGAGCCCGCGGUCGUCGAUCAUUCGGCGUCUGCUGCCAUUGGGGUGCGGACGGCACUACGCGGAGCUCAAAGCGCUCGCAAUGAGCAACACACCUUGGUUUUGGAAGAGCAACGGAAUGGGUGAUCAGAGACUGCAAAAGUUUGUUUUCAAAUGUGCAAGAAAAUUACAG